GCACUUGAUGUACUUUGUAAAAGCUGUGCCUGUUUAAAUUACAGUAAUGAAAAUAUGCAGGAUUCCUAUAUUGAGCUGUUGAACCCGAAGUGUACAACAAAAAAUAUACAGUUUCGUUACAUUGCUUUAUCUCUGUUGAAAGGUUGUAUUCCCUGAAAAAGUACGAGGAAUCGUUCAUAUUCUCAUGUUUCUUUUCAUCAAAUUAUAAUUUAGAUUCUAUGAGCUUGAAAUUUAUGCAAGGAAGUUAUGUCAGAAAUAAUAGCAAGGCAUUGUGGAAAGCCUCCUAUGUAACCUCAAAUGUCCGAGACGGUCAAAAUUGAGGCCCACACAAAGGUGGGGCUUGAAACAAGACUGUAAAAUACAACGAGCGCGGUUGUAUUUGUUUUAUAUGCUCAGUAGCGAAUGAAAUAUUUAAGUGCUUCUAAUACCACCGAAAAACAAAUUUUCGUUUUCCUCACAAUAUACAGUUAAUUAUUCAUAGAUUUUUUUUUUUUUUUUAACUUUACACUUAAGUAUGUCCAGGUUCAAAAGAGGUGGGAAAUUUGUAGAUUCGAGAGCCGGGUUUAGAGAUGAAAAGGAAGAACCUGCUGUACCGCAAGGGUUACUAAAAACAGCCAGAAAAAGCGGACAACUUAACCUGUCUGGCAGAGGGUUAACUGAAGUACCUCAGAGUGUGUGGCGGUUGAAUUUAGACACCCCAGAAGAAGCUAAACAGGAUGUCUCUUUCGGAGCUGUGGAUCGCUGGUGGGAACAAACAGACCUAACCAAACUGCUUCUUGCAUCAAACAAGCUGCAGGUUCUAUCAGAGGACAUUAGACUGCUGCCAGCUCUUACUGUUUUAGAUAUCCAUGACAACCAACUGACCUCUCUACCUAAAGCUAUUGGAGAACUCGAACACCUGCAAAAACUUAAUCUUAGCCGCAAUAAACUAAAGGAAUUGCCUGAGGAACUGUGGAAUCUCAAAGACCUGAGGAGUCUACAUCUGCAAGAAAAUGAACUGGAGAAGGUUUCCGAAGGAGUGGGACAGCUCUGUUGUAUGAGUGAUAUGGAUCUUUCCAACAACCGUCUGACAGCUAUCCCAGACAGCUUCAGUAACCUAAGCAACCUGGUGAAAUUCAACCUGUCUAAUAACAAACUGAGGAGCCUUCCUCCAGGGAUCAGCGCAAUGAAAAGUUUGAAACUAUUGGAUUGUACAAACAAUCAGCUGGAAAGGGUUCCUCAAGAGCUGGCACAGAUGGCCUCGUUAGAGCAGCUUUACCUCCGACACAACAAGCUCCGCUGCCUACCAGAACUCCCAGCCUGUAAACUGCUCAAGGAGCUCCAUGUUGGCAAUAAUCAAAUUGAGCUACUGGGUCCAGAGCAUUUGAAGCACCUGAAUGCUAUCAGUGUCUUAGAGCUGAGCGAGAACAAGCUGAAAUCACUGCCUGAUGAAAUUGCUCUGCUGCAGGGCCUCGAAAGGCUGGAGCUCACCAACAACGACAUCAGCAGUUUGCCUUACGCAUUGGGUAAUCUGCCAAAGCUGAAAAUCGUGGGCCUGGAGGGAAAUCCUUUGAGGUCCAUCCGCAGAGAUCUCUUAACAAAAGGAACCCAAGAGCUUCUGAAAUAUUUGAGAAGCAGAGAACAAGAGCCAGAGGAGAAAGGCAAAGAUGCUCCCCAGACAGCUAUGACUCUUCCAAGCCAAGCCAAGGUCAACGUGCAUGCCAUAAAAACACUAAAGGCACUGGAGUACAGUGAGAAACAAGAGGCAUCCAUUCCGGAUGAUGUAUUCGAUGCAGUUUGCAACAACCCUAUUACCAGUGUGAACUUCAGCAAGAACCAGCUUACAGGGAUCCCAGCCAGAAUUGUGGAACUGAAAGCAACUGUUUCUGACCUCAACCUGGGUUUCAAUAAGCUCACCUGUGUCCCAUUGGAAAUCUGCAUGCUUCAGCAACUGGUACAUCUAGAUUUCAGAAACAACCUUUUAUCCUCACUACCUGCAGAACUGGAAGCCCUGGUGAAACUGAGGAGUGUAAUUCUUUCUUUUAACAGGUUUAAAGCAUUUCCUGAUGUGCUAUAUCAGAUAACCACACUGGAAACCAUUUUAAUCAGUAGCAACCAGGUCGGAACUAUUGAUCCACUCCGACUGAAACAGCUGUCGAAACUGGCAACAUUGGACCUGCAGAACAAUGACAUCUUACAAGUCCCUCCAGAGCUUGGCAACUGCACAAGUCUUAGAGCACUAAUGCUGGAUGGAAAUCCAUUUCGCAAUCCAAGGGCAGCCAUUGUGGCCAGAGGAACUGAUGCACUAUUGGAAUACCUUAGAAGCCGUAUACCUACGUAAAUGCUAAGUGCUGGACAGAUGUAUCUCUGCCACACUACAAACACAUGCCACACGCACAUCCCUCCUAAUGAUUCCAUGGCCAUAAAUAUUCACAUUCCUUUUUUUACUUCUAGUGUAUACAGCAUGUAUUUCAUAUCCUAUAAGGUUAAGAGGUUUGAGACAACCAAAUUCAAUUAAGCCUCCAUAUCAGGGCUGACGAUUUAAGGUAUACUUGAUGAAAUUCAUUUAAUUACAUUUUUAUUUUCUACAAAAUGCAAGAAUUCCUGAUGGCACAAUUUUUUUAGACUACAUAUUUUUUUAGUUUUUCUAUAAUUUGUUUACAGUACACUGCUACUUUUUUGUAAGAUUUUGUUUAAUGUUUUGUUAUUUGAAUUACAGUUAACACCUUUUUUAUACCUUGACUCAGAAAUAUCUCAAUUUGAAUUUGAAUUGCCAGCAGAGUGUUGGAAAAACAUCAUUCAGUGCAACAGACUAUUUAACCAGUCUCGUUCUUGGGUAUGCCCCUAUAUCAUUUGUGUAUGCCUUUUUUCUCAUGGGAGACACUAAAUAUGUUUAAUUAGAUAUACAGUAGUAGGGUUGUCAUCUUUUAAAAGCAUUUUACAGUAUUGCAGAGUUUAUCUGGAUUGCAUCAACCACUUAUUAGUUGAUCCAAGGUGAGUCUCCAGUGCUGUUGUGCUUAUCCCCGUGGGGUAUAGGUUGAUCAAAUCAACCCUGUAGUGUCAAAAGAGUUUAAAGCACAGUUUAAACACUUAUAAAAUCAUUAGAAAUGUAUGCUGUUUAAGAAGAUGCUUGGACUUUAAGCACUUUUGUAAAAUGUGGCGUUUUAUUUGUGAGCAAGCUUUUUUCAUAUCCCGGCAUGCCAUCGUUAUGGUAUUUUGUGUGUUUGAUUGCUGGCAGAAAAAAAAGUCAAAUUAUAUAAUAAAUAUAGCAAAAAAAAAAAAAAGCACUGUGGAACUUCAUAAAAUAAUAUUCAUGAAUUAAUAUGUAACUGCAGUUAACACAAAUAACACAUUAAAGAUUGAUUUGAGA